CCAUUCAUAAUUCCGCCGUGACAGUUCUUCGCCUGCAGUCAGCAGUCAUUUGGGAGCUUCGCACUUGACAGACUUUGUCUGGCGGAUGACUUCCCUGCAGCUUGCGCAAUAAUGUAAAUAUCGUAAAUUAAAACGGGAGCCAGAGCAACACAAAUUCACAAAAAUGUUACGCCUUCUUAUAAGCAACUGCGGGCAAACCGGCGUUUUACGGGGCCUCGUGAAUAUUCCACGCCUUCAGUACAACCUCACUGCCAGAGCGAAAGACUUCACGCGGAUCAACGCUCGGAACUACAUAAAUUCCGCAAAGAAUGCACGAAACGGGGGUGAAAAAGGACUGAGAGGAAAGUCACUGUUACUUGGCGGCCUCGGAGUCUCGAUCGGGCUGUGCGUAAAGGGGCGCACGUUCCUUGCGAAAUGCGAGGCGAACCGGCUGGAAGGAGUAACCGCCAAAACAAUUCGCGACAUUGAAACGAAUUUUGACUGGAAGCGGUUCUGGAUGUACCUCAAGCCGCACCUACUUGAGUUCAUCGGCGCCAUAAUUGCCGCACUUGCCGUCGCCUACUUCAACAUCCAAAUCCCAAACAUGCUGGGGAAGCUGAUCAACACGCUCUCGAAGUACGCGGGAUUCGUCGUCAAGGACCCCCACUCAAACCAGUUCCUUAGUGAUGUAAAAAAGCCUGCCCUCGGGCUGUUUGGCAUGUACCUGCUUCAGUCAGGCUUCACGUUCCUUUAUAUUCUGCUGCUCAGUCGGAUCGGCGAACGAAUGGCUGCAAAACUGCGCCAGGACCUCUUCAAGCAGAUAAUCAUCCAGGACUUGGCCUUCUUCGACAAAAACCGAACGGGCGAGCUCGUGAACCGCCUCACUGCCGAUAUCCAGGACUUCAAAUCAAGUUUCAAACAAUUCGUAUCUCAAGGACUUCGCAGCGUGGCCCAGUUGGUCGGAGGUUCCAUUUCGCUGUUCAUGAUUUCCCCCCACAUGGCCGCAAUUGCCUUGGCUGCCGUUCCGGCGGCUGUUGCCUUCAUGUCCCUGCUUGGUGGCACGCUCAGGAAUUUAAGUAAAAAAGCCCAGGCGCAGACAGAACGUGCAACAUCCGUCUGCGAGGAAGCGCUCUCUAACAUUCGCACCGUUCGUUCCAGCGCGUGUGAGUACACGGAGAUCAAACUGUUCGAGAAGGAGACAGACCUCGCGGCUGAAAUGUCCCAGGAACUGGGCUACGGAAUCGCAGUAUUCCAAGCCUUGACAAAUUUUCUGAUAAAUGGAAUGGUAUUGUCGACACUUUUCUUCGGUGGCCAUCUCAUGUCAACGGACAGUCUGUCGCCAGGCCAGUUGAUGGCGUUCUUAGUAGCGUCGCAAGGUGUUCAACGAUCACUCGCUCAAGGGUCCAUUUUACUGGGCACCUUGAUUCGUGGCAUGACUGCAGGGACCAGAGUAUUUGAGUACCUAGCUAUUGAACCCGAAAUUGAUCUUCUCAAAGGGAUCAUGAUACCUGAUUCCCAGCUCAGAGGCGAAAUUCGGUUUCAAAAUAUCACAUUCUCAUAUCCAACUCGCAAGGACCAAGUAGUAUUAAAGAAUUUCAACUUGACUCUGAGACCGGGCGAAACGGUGGCAUUAGUCGGUGCAAGUGGGUCUGGAAAAUCGACAGUAGCAGCAUUACUAGAACGUUUCUAUGAACCAACAUCUGGUCAAAUUACAAUUGAUGGAUACAACCUCCGACUAAUAUCACCUUACUGGCUACGAUCUGAACUCAUCGGUUUCAUUGAACAACAACCAAUCCUAUUUGCAACGACUAUUUUAGAGAACAUACGCUACGGACAGCCGAAUGCAACGGUUGAUCAGAUCACCGAAGUAGCAAAACUAUCGCAGUCUCAUGACUUUAUAAUGGAUUUGCCGGAUGCCUACGACACAAACGUCGGCGAACGCGGUAUGCAAUUGAGCGGCGGCCAAAGGCAAAGAAUUGCAAUAGCACGAGCUCUACUCAAACAACCCACUAUUUUAAUCCUGGACGAGGCGACCAGCGCAUUAGAUGCAUCAAGCGAGGCAGUAGUUCAACGUGCCCUUGACACUGCUGUUGUAGAUAGAACAACACUAAUCAUUGCUCAUCGUUUAUCGACAAUAAGAAAUGCGGAUUUAAUAGUUGUCUUAGAUAAGGGGAACAUUGUCGAGAUGGGUAAACACGAGGAACUCAUGCAGCGAAGAGGACUUUAUUUCGAGCUCGUUAGGCAGCAAGAGAAAGAAGAGAAGUCGGAAAGUAGAGCGCAAGGAUGAUAGGUCGAUUUUAGGGUGAUUGGCUCCUGGACGGUUUCCUUUUGAUAUUUAUUUCUACCAACUAAGUAAAAAACACUAGUGACAAAAUAAGAAUCAUAUCUUAUGUUAUUUACUAAUAAACCCUUUAGUAAUUAUUACUGGAAAGUGUAACUACUAAAAUGCAGGUUUUUAAUUUAACAUGUUGCUCAAAGUGCAUAUAAAUAGUCUAUUAAAUUGAAGUUAGCUACUACUAUUAAA